GAAAACCGUGCAAAUGGCGUUUGCAGUCUUCCGACAUGGAGAUCGCACUACCGACGCCGGUACACUGUAUCCCAACGAUCCAUAUAUUAACGAAACGUACGAACCCUAUGGCCUGGGCGAGCUCACUAACAGAGGUAAAAGGAGAGAAUAUAGGCUUGGUCAACUGCUACGUUUGAGAUAUGCAUUGCUAUUGGGAAAGCAAUACAAAAAAGGGACAGUUAGGGCAGUCAGUACUGAUUCCAGCAGAACACAGGAGUCGCUGGAAUUGGUCUUGGCAAGUCUGUAUCCUCCACGUUCUACAGAGUUGGAAUGGAAUAGAUGGUUGAAUUGGAACCCAAUCGCUUUCGAAAUUGCUCCACACGCGACCAAUCGCUUGCUUAGUAUUGCCCUUAUGUACUGCCCUAGUUAUCGCCAACUCUUCGACGCCUAUUCCAAAAGUGAAGAAGGUCAGCAGAUCGAAAGCAUGUUCAACUCACAAUACGAGUACAUAUCUAACCACUCUGGUUUAAAUGUCACCAAACUAUUUAACUUAUUUCGAUUAUACUUCGGCUUACUUUCUGAGAGUGAAUGGGGUUUAAAACUUCCCGAAUGGACUAACUAGAACUAUUUAACUAGAACAACUAAAAAAAAUUACGAAAUGGUCGUGGCUACACCACAAUUAAAUCAACUGUUCGGAGGAUUUCUGCUUGAAGACAUUAUUAAGGAAAUGAGGGCAAAAAUGAACGAAAAUGGUACCCUUAAGAAACGUAAAAUUAACCUAUAUUCUGGUCACGAGCUUAACAUUGCUGCUAUACUGGGCGCCAUGGAUGUAUUUUUCCCUCAUAUACCACCUUAUGGCGCAUGCGUACUUAUUGAGCUUCAUAGGUACAAAGAUAGUUACUACGUUCAGGUAAAGCGUAUCAAAUCUAUGUAUGUACACUGUUUACAGUACGCACUACUCCUAGAUUUUCUACCAGGACUAUUCAUCUAGGAUGCUACAACCACUGACCGUACCAGGGUGUACGUUCGAAUGUCCUUUUGAAGACUUUGCAAAGCUGUUGCAAAAAAAUCUUCCAGACACGAAAAAUGGAGACCCUUGCUUGAUAACCAGAAAUUAGCACUGUUUCAGUUUUUGUUUUAAAACUACCCGAUUUUAAUCAGUUUGUUUUAUUAAAAAAUGUCAAUAAUACGACUAUGUUUCCAAUACGUUAUUGAACCAACAAUCCU